AUGGAAAAUCCGUUGAAAACUCACAAAUAUGGCAAGAGCUACAUCGUCACAAAGCAAAAGCCUUUCUCCUUCACUCUUGUCGGUAAUCCCCAGUUCUGGUUCGCCAUUUCCAACACUCUCAUCCUCAUCAUCGCAGCCGAUUACUGCGCUUUUGCUUCCUCGAAAGAUCCGAAACCCGACCUUUACGACGAAUAUGUGUUGCAUGGCCAAGCAAGGAGGACACAUAUUACUGCUGUACCUGUGCCUGUUCCUUCAUUUUUCGAAGAAAGUAGUCCCAAGGAAGAAGAAGACGUAGCUGAUCAAAAGAAGAAUGAAAUCCCAGUAAGAAUAUCGGAUGAUAAAUUGCAUCAACAACAUCCCAUGAAACCUGAUAAUGAAGCUUGUGAUCAUCAGACAAUUAAACCUCGAACUAUCAGAAGAAGCAAGUCUGAUAAAGUGAAACGUGUUGCAUGUCGUGGAAGGGAAAACAAUUUGCAGAGAUCGAAGACUGAAAAGCUUGAUGAACCAGUUGGAAAAGAGAAAGCGUCCAUAGAAGAAGAUCAAAACGAGUUUUCGACUAUGUCGGACGAGGAACUCAACAGGAGAGUUGAAGAGUUUAUUCGAAAGUUCUACAAUACUAAUACGAACACGAAUAGAUGA